AUGACGCCUGCGGAACUUGUCAAGCGCCUACGACUCGACACGUUUGGCAUCACACCCAGCACCACGGUCAUUCUUCGAAGUGCUCCGCUACGUAACAGGCGUCGAAGAAGUUCAAUGCAAGCCCUUAACAACAUGUACCCCCAAGGAGGAGCUGAGUCGCAGACGCCGUCGACGAACAACACUGUCAAUCAUCAGUCCCCAGAGGAUGGUGGCUCAUCUCGCAAGGCAUCAAUGGAGUCACUGGUAUCUACGACGUCGAGUAAAGACGGGCUGAAGCGACGCAGCACCCACCGAUUUCUUCGCGCCAAGUCGAACCCGGAAACACUGACCACGAUCAAGGAAUCAAGCCAGGAUGCGUUCACUCCAACGAUUCUGACGACUGAGAAGGCGGCCGCCGUCAAAAUUAGCAUAGAAACCUACUAUAACGAGUUGUUGAAUGCGCCAAAUGCGCGACUCCAUCGGUGGCAUAAUUUAAAAGCGUGGCUCUACUACCGUCCGCAAAUGUCGGAGAGGGAAAAGGAGGCCAUGCGUCAAGCGUUCUUCUACGAGGAAACAUGCUACCUGAGGCAGUGCCGUGUCCUCAGAGGGCAAAGCCAGAACAGACGAAAGAUGAAGAACAACGCACAUACUUGGCAAAACUUUGAACCAGUUCAAGUCUUGGGCAAGGGAAGCUUCGGGGUGGUACGGCUUGUGCGGGAGAAGAUGACGGGCCCCAAGACAUCGUCGCAAGUUUUUGCCAUGAAGGUUAUCCGAAAGUCGGAGAUGCUGUCGAGUAGCCAGGAAGGCCAUUUGCGCGCAGAGCGUGAUUUUCUGGUCGCAGCAGAAGGGUCGAGCUGGAUCGUACCGCUUGUGGCCAGUUUCCAAGACUUUACCAAUCUGUACCUCGUAAUGGAGUACAUGCCUGGCGGAGACUUUCUCGGACUGCUGAUGCGAGAAAACGUGCUACACGAGACGAUUGCCCGAUUUUACAUUGCAGAGAUGAUUUUGGGCGUGGAAGAGACGCAUCGGCUCAAGUUUAUCCAUCGGGACAUCAAGCCCGACAACUUUCUGAUAUCUCCCUCUGGGCACCUGAAGAUCUCGGACUUUGGCCUCGCCUUUGACGGUCACUGGUCGCAUGAUGCGGCAUUUUACAGCUGGCAUCGGCAUUCUUUGUUUCAGCGCUUCCGACUGUCGGGAGCUGCGGACGACAAGGACGACAACGGAAACGGGACCAGAAGCCGGAGCAAGAGGCUUGCAGUGAACGAACAGAGAAGGGGCUACCACACCGCAUUCAACGAUUUGAAUCACUUCAAUCCCAGAAGCAGCACCAGGUGCCGCGCCACGGCAUACUCUGUGGUGGGCACGAGCCAAUACAUGGCACCAGAGGUGAUUGCGGGUGGCGGUUACGAUGGAAGAUGCGACUAG